CGGUUGGAGCUGGGAGCCGCGUUCCCGUGCAGUGGAGCAGGUCCAUCUGCGCUGCACCGAGGGCUCCCUGGAAUGGAUGUACCCAGCACGACCCCUGCACGUCGUUCUGGAGCCCAGCCUCUCCAGUGCCCAGCACACCGCUGUCUGCGUCAAGCCCUCCAGUGACUUCCAGGGUGCCAGCAUCUAUGUGGAGCGUGCUGGGCAGCUGCAUCUGGGGGUAAGCGAGGCAGAAGGGGCUCGACCCCGCCACGUGUCUUGCGUCAGUGCCCAUGCGCCGCAACGAGUGGCCCUCUUCCUGCAGGCCAGCCCGCAGAGGGACGUCAGCCGCUGGACGGCCAGCUUCCAGUGCGAGCUGCUGAGCAACCAGAGCGCUGCCGGCUCCGACUACAAAAAGAUGGCACUGGUUGAAGCUAUGUGCCGUCCUUGUGACAAUGUGGAACUUCUUAUGGCCAUUUGCAGCAGUGAUCUAAUGGUGAAAGGAUCUAUCCAAAAUGUUUCUCAUGAUUCAGAGAACCACAUGCCACAGGUUGAUGUCAGCGUCUGGAAAGUCUACAGACAGAAAAACAGAAUUUUCUGGCAGGAUGAAGCAAGUGGUGAAUGGCGAGGCCCUAUACGAACCCUGCUACAAUGCAAGGUGAAGGAGGGAAGUGGAGAUUUCCUCUUCACUGGAAAUGAACGUUUUGGCAAAGCUUGGUUGGGCUGUGCUCCUCGGUUUAAAGAUUUCAUGUUCAUUUACUGGGCUGCCAGAGAAAGGGGAGCCAACCCAUGUGAGUUUCAGCUCAGCUGA